AUGACUAAAGAUGAAGACUUUAAGCUUCUCAAGAUCCAGACCUGUGUUCUGAGAGUGAACAUUCACUGUGAUGGGUGUAAGCAGAAAGUGAAGAAGAUCCUGCAAAGAAUUGAAGGAGUUUACCAAGUCAACAUAGAUGCUGAGCAACAAAAGGUUACUGUAUCAGGGAGUGUUGCUCCUGCAACUCUUGUUAAGAAGUUGGUUAAAGCUGGUAAACAUACUGAACUUUGGUCUCAAAAAACUAACCAAAACCAGAAACAGAAAGUUAACUGCAUCAAAGAGGACAAAGACAAAAAAGGGCAAAAGCAAGAUAUGAUGAAGGCUCUUGAAUCUCUCAAGAACCAGCAGAAAUUUCACUUUGUAUCAGAAGAAGAUGAAGACUGUCUUGAUGAUGAGGAGGAGGAAUAUGAUGAAGAGGAUGAAAUGCAGCUUUUCAGGGAGAAAUUAAACCAAAUGGCUAUGCUCAAGCAACAGGCUGAAGUUAAUGCAAAGAAAUGUGAUAUGGCUGCCAUGGCUGGAGCUGCAAACAACGGGAAGAUUAACAAUGCUGCAAAUGGGAAUGGUGGAAAAAGGGGGAAUCCUAAUCCCAAUGUUCAAAUGAAAGCAAAUCCACUUGCAGCCCUUAAAAAUGCACAGAUGGGAGGUACUGGUGCAAAUACCAUUGCUGCUGAAGUCAAAAGGGGAAACGACUUGAACAGUAUGAUGAAUCUUGCUGGUUUUAAUGGAAAUGGGGCUAAUAAUGUUGCUGCAUCUGUUCUUGGAACCAAUUCAAAUGUUAUGGGAGGAGCAUUUCAAGUUCAACCCAACAAUGUUUACCAAGGUUCUUCUGCAGGCUUCCCAAUUAAUGGCUUAGCAACAGGACAUAAUCCGACAUCAAUGAUGAUGAACAUGAAUGGCUAUCAACAAUUCAACAAUCCAUCAUCACUGAUGAACCUGCAAAACAGGCAUGCCUUGCAGCAGCCGCAGAUGAUGUACAACAGGUCUCCUUUCAUUCCUCCAAGCACUGGUUAUUACUACAAUUAUGAGCCUGUUGCUUACAGUGAUACUGGCGUCAGUGGUGAUCAUUCUGCAACUCAUAUGUUCAGUGAUGAGAACACAAAUAGUUGUUCAAUUAUGUAA